GCAGCGCUGGGCAAUCCCGCUCACAACUGCAAAGGCAGUCAUGGCAGAGAGCUCGGAGAAAGUGCCCAUCGCUCUGGCGGGGCCAGAAGAUGUGGAACAAUGUUUCCCACCAGCAUACACUGCAGUCACGGUAAAACCUUCCAGCAACGGUCGUAUGCUGAAAAUCGGAGCUGCUGUGCUUAUUGCUGGGGUGGCUCUUCUUCUGUUUGGAGCGAUCGGGGCGUUUUACUUCUGGAAAGUCACCGACAAGCAUGUGUACAAUGUUCAUUACAGCAUGAGCAUCAAUGGAAAAGUGGAGGAGGGGUCCUUGGAAAUUGAUGCCGGAAAUAACUUGGAAACGUUCAAAACUGGAAGUGGGAGUGAAGAAGCCAUUGAAGUCCAAGACUUUCAUAUUGGGAUCACAGGGAUUCGGUUUGCUGGAGGAGAGAAAUGCUACAUUAAAGCACAAGCUAAAGCUCACAUUCCAGAUGUUGAGAGUCUUAAUAAGGAGUCAAUGUCUUUCGGUCUGGAGGAUGAGAUUAUGCCAGUCAAGUUUGAUGAGGAGUCCCUCAUUUGGGUGGCUGCAGACCAACCAGUGAAAGACAGCAGCUUUUUGAGCACCAAAAUCAUGGAUCUGUGCAGCGAUCUUCCCAUUUUCUGGCUCCGGCCAACAUAUCCCAAAGCGCCAUCUCUUCUAGAUGGUCAGAGGAAGAAACGAGAAGUACCACGCGCAAGACGGCAGUCAGACGAUUAUGAUGAGAAGGAAUUUGAAACAGAUGCAGAAGAGGGCAAAGCUGAGAGUGAAACUGAAGGUGACAAUGUUACUUCAAAACCAGCCGAGGAAAAACCGGACUUCAAUCCAGAAAACCCCUACCAUCAAAUGCUGGAAGGAGAGCGGGGUACCAUGACCUUCGACCCUAUGCUAGACCACCAAGGAAUCUGUUGUGCCGAGUGCAGACGCAGCUACACACACUGCCAGAGAAUAUGUGAACCCUUGGGUGGCUACUGGCCCUGGCCUUAUGAUCAUCGGGGAUGCCGUGUUGCCUGCAGAGUAAUUAUGCCAUGCAGCUGGUGGGUCGGACGCAUAUUAGGUGUUCUGUAAACUAGAGGCUGACGUUGUUAAAAUAAGAAAUGCAGCUAACACAAACCUAAGAAACCUUUAAAAUACUUUGCCAGGCCUAAUUGUAUUUUAAAUGCAAUAACAUUAAGUCACUCUUUCUGGAUGUAAAUAAAUGUAAUAAGAUUGUAACUAUGUAUGUGUUAAGCUAUUUGCAGACUGCUUCACUUUUGCAGACCGUAGCAAGCAUGUCUUUUAGUAAAUAUGUAUUAUUUAACAUCCAUACUCUUGAAUAUUAACUCACCCUUGCUCACACUACUUUAUGUUGCGAUAGACUGCACUACUCUGAUAUUGGCUGAAAUGUCACACUUUCCUAAUUUUAUUUUUUAACAAGCUAUAGUUUGCCUAUAAGCUCUCACAGCUGCUACGUUAUUCCCUCCUCUCAUCCUUUAUAAUGUACUUGAUAAUAAAACAAUACUUUGCUCCUG